UGCCGGUCAAGCGGGCGGAGCCCGGCGACGGCGGGAGGUGGAGCCGCCGAGGGAGGAGGGCCCGAGCGAGCUGGGUGCUGCCGCGGGAGGUUCUGGAAAAGCCGGGAGCAGCGCGUGUCCGGGCGCGGAGACUUGUAACUAGUUAAUUAAUUCAACAAACGGACCCUUCUGCGUAUCAGAAACUGCGAGGAGUUGCUAGCCCAGUGGGGCAGGCAGACUGGAAGACCAGGAAAGGCCAGGCCCCGGGCAGUGUGGUGAGUGCUGUGCUGGGAAGGAGCACCGGACUGUGGGUACUUGGUAGAGGAUAGGAUGCUUCAAGCCAGAGGGCUUCCUGGAGGAGGUGACCCAUGAGCUGGAGUGGUCAGAUGAAGGCAGAAGAAAGGACACUGCCCUCUGUGACCAUGAAACUCUGGGUAUCCAUGUUGCUGGUGGCCUGGUUUGGUGUCCUGGGCUGUGUGCAGGCUGAAUUCUUUACUUCUAUUGGGCACAUGACAGACCUGAUUUAUGCAGAGAAGGACCUGGUGCUGUCCCUGAAGGAGUACAUCUUGGUGGAGGAAGCCAAGCUCUCUAAGAUUAAGAGCUGGGCCAACAAAAUGGAAGCCCUGACCAGCAAGUCAGCUGCUGACCCUGAAGGCUACCUGUCCCACCCUGUGAAUGCCUAUAAACUGGUGAAGCGACUAAACACAGACUGGCCUGCGCUGGAGGACCUUGUCCUGCAGAACUCAGCUGCAGGCUUUAUUGCCAACCUGUCAGUGCAGCGACAGUUCUUUCCCACUGAUGAAGAUGAAACAGGAGCCGCCAAGGCCUUGAUGAGACUUCAGGACACAUACAAACUGGACCCAGACACAAUUUCCAAAGGCGAGCUUCCAGGAACCAAGUACCAGGCAGUGCUGAGUGUGGACGACUGCUUUGGGAUGGGCCGCUCGGCCUACAAUGAAGGAGACUAUUACCACACAGUGCUGUGGAUGGAACAGGUGCUGAAGCAGCUCGAUGCAGGGGAGGAGGCCACCACAUCCAAGGCCCAGGUGCUGGACUAUCUGAGCUAUGCCGUCUUCCAGUUGGGUGACCUGCACCGUGCCCUGGAGCUCACCCGCCGACUGCUCUCCCUUGACCCAAGCCAUGAACGAGCUGGAGGGAAUCUGCGCUACUUUGAACGGUUGUUGGAGGAAGAAAGAGAAAAAAUGUUAUUGAAUCACACAGAAGCUGAGCUAGCACCCCAGGAAGGCAUAUAUGAGAGGCCUGUGGACUACCUGCCCGAGAGGGAUAUCUACGAGAGCCUCUGUCGUGGGGAGGGUGUCAAACUGACACCCCGAAGGCAGAAGAGGCUUUUCUGUAGGUACCACCAUGGCAACGGGACGCCACAGCUGCUCAUCGCCCCUUUCAAAGAGGAGGAUGAGUGGGACAGUCCACACAUCGUCAGGUACUACGAUGUCAUGUCUGACGAGGAAAUCGAGAGGAUCAAGGAAGUUGCAAAACCCAAACUUGCACGAGCCACUGUUCGUGAUCCCAAGACAGGUGUUCUCACUGUUGCCAACUACAGAGUUUCCAAAAGCUCCUGGCUGGAGGAGGAUGAUGACCCUGUUGUGGCUCGGGUGAAUCUUCGGAUGCAGCACAUCACAGGCCUAACAGUAAAGACUGCAGAAUUGUUGCAGGUUGCUAAUUACGGAAUGGGAGGACAGUACGAGCCACACUUUGACUUCUCUAGGCGACCUUUUGACAGCGGCCUCAAAACGGAGGGAAAUAGGUUAGCGACGUUUCUUAACUAUAAGGAUGAGCAAGAUGCUUUCAAGCGUUUAGGGACGGGGAAUCGUGUGGCCACGUUCUUAAACUACAUGAGCGAUGUGGAAGCUGGUGGUGCCACUGUCUUUCCUGAUCUGGGGGCUGCACUUUGGCCUAAGAAGGGUACGGCUGUAUUCUGGUACAACCUCCUGCGGAGCGGGGAAGGUGACUACCGAACGAGACAUGCUGCCUGCCCCGUGCUUGUGGGCUGCAAGUGGGUCUCCAAUAAGUGGUUCCAUGAACGAGGACAGGAGUUCUUGAGGCCAUGUGGAUCAACAGAAGUUGACUGACAUCCUUUUCUGCCCUUCACCUCCCUGGCCCCACAGCCCAUGUUGUCUUCAAGUUCAACGUGACAGACCCCCUCUACUUUCCAGCCUUUGUCAGGCGGGUCUUUGGAGGCGUGAAUAUUUGUCUGGAGCAGAGAUGGUCCUGGGGAAGGUCCUGGGUGACUUGGGUGACCUGGGUCCCAGCCUCACCUGUCAGCUAUCUCUGGCCACAAGGGUAGGGUUGGAGCAGAGUCAGGUGGUCUAGUACCUAGCAAGAUGCUUUUGUACCUCAGGUGCUUUAGGUGUGAGAUGUUUCAGUGAACCAAAGUUCUGAUACCUUGUUUACAUGCUUGUUUUUAUGGAAUUUCUAUUAAUGUGGCUUUAACCAAAAAAUAAAAUGUCCCUGCCAGAAGCCUUAAA